ACCAGGGCCUCCCGUGCAGGAGGAAAGGCCAAGAUGCCGACCAAAGACUUGUCCUACCCUGGCUCGUCUUCGUCGAAAUAUGCUCAGGGCCACCUGCAGCACGCCACGCUGCAGCUGCUCGCCUCUGCCGGCUUCUCUCGUUGCUCAUCGCAGGCCACUGCGAUGCUGGCGGAAAUCCUGCAGCGCUACCUGGCCCUCGUCGCGAGCACCGCGGGCCAGUACGCCUCGCAUUCGGGGCGGGUAGAGGGCAAUGCUUUCGACAUCAGGACGGCGCUCUACGAUCUGGGUACCGACCUAGAGGACGUCUAUUCGUGGAUCGUCGAUGGCGAUGGUCGCAAUGUGGCAGGCGUCAGCUCAUCAUCAUCAUUAUCUUCUUCCUCCUUUGCUUCUGCCUCUUCAUCGACGAUACCGCCGCAGGACGACGCAGCGGCUGCGUCGGAAGGACCAUCGAUUUUGAGCGCAAAGGAUCUCGGCGAGCGCUUGACCCGCGGCAAGCUCUCGAAGUCGUCGAAGCCGAGAGCGAGAAUUCGCUACCAGGCGAUUAGCACAGAGAAGAUCCAGGACGAGCUCUCGCUACAGGUCCAAGAGGCAGACGAGUUGGGUGGAGGGAAUGCUGUUGAUGAUGCUCAAACACGAGGGCCGGAAGAACAUGGCCAGAUCCUCGAAGAAGAUUUCGUCAAAAUGGAUGGCGAGUUUGCGAGAGCACGAAUGGAGAGGCAGAAGGCCGCCGACGAAAAACGACAGGAGGAGACGAGGACGGCUGCAGAGCUAGCACAACAGCAAGCGUCGCGCUCGACGGUAAUAGCGGAUCCAAAGACGGCGGAAGAGGAGGCGAGGCAGCGGGAGGCAGCCGAAUUUGAGGCGCUGGCCGGUCCACCAAAGCCGAGGAGGGUGCUGCGCGAUCCAUGGCGCAGUAGCGUUGCCUUUUCCGACUCGACGCUGGCGUCCCAGCAGAGCAUCGACGACGUGCCGGCCAUUGACGAUGGACCAAUGGAAAUGGACGAAUUUGUUCCCCCCACCGAAGAGAAUUUGGGCCCCAAGUCUUCACUGCGAGCCUUUGCAAACGACUAUCGAACGCUGGUCAUGGAGGCGCACAAUAGCACAGGAAGCAAUCUCUUGACACAGCCGGGCCCCAAUUAUGUCCGCCAAUCUUCGAAACGACGGACGAUCGCCUCGACGAUGGCUGAUCCUGGCAAGUUUGCACCGACCGACACUCUGUUUGCGAGUGUGCCGUGUCGACCGUCUGCCAUCCCCUUCAAUCCUGGUCCCUCCCUUAUGAUUACGCCUCCCACAGCGACAAAUCCGGCACCCACAUUCACCUCUACGCACCCACAUGGCCGUCCCGCUGCGCUGAUUCCCAGCUCGGGCGCCCUAGUCCCUUCGCUGCGUUAUCGCCAUGCCGAUCGGACCGCCAACGCCGCACGUCUCGUUGGCGACGGUGAGGUGCUGAAGCGCGUGACGAGGUGGACCGAUCCGCCUCCCGUGCUCGAUGAGCAGCAUGCCGAGCGCGUCUUUCACGGCGCUCCUGCCUCCAAGGACCUUCUGCAUGAGCGACACUCGUUCCUACGAGCUGCGCUCGACACUCUUCUGGUCAAGCAGCAAGCUGAUCGACAGAGAAAUGCUGCUGCGCAGGCCGCUGCCGCCGCUGCUGCAGCAGCAGCUGAGGCGGGUGACGAAGCAGCGGCAAAGGCAGCGGCAGAUGCAGCAGCGGCAGCUAUCGAAGCGGCCAAUGUGACAUCGUCCUCGUCUCCGGAUGCGCUCCUGAUGCUGAGCAAGAGCGAGAAGAAGGGCCCUAAAUCCGCCACGCUGGUCCAUACCUGGGACUGGCUGCCGCGCGAUCCGCUGGACGCCACCUUGCCCGCCAAGAGGCUCAAGGGCAUGCAGGGCGUCUACCUCAGGGGCCCCAAUGCCCAGCUUGGUCAGUCGCAAGGACAGGGCCAGACACCCACCUCGGCCGUUGCGACGCCUGGCGGUGGCGAGAGAGAGAGGAGCGUCAGCUUCAGCUUGCCGACGCACCCCAAUGCCACACAGCCACAACCAUCCAUGUAAUACUAGACACUGCAUCGCGCACAGCAUUAUUUGACGUUCUUGG